AUGUCAACUCAAUAACAAUAACAACAACAAUAACCAAAACAAUAGUAAUAACAAAAAUAAUAAACAAAACAAUAAUAAUUACAAUAACCACAACCACAAACACCAAAAUACAAAAUCUGUGUCAUUUGCAAAAGAUUGUCAUAAUCUCAAUGUGGAGAUUGCUUAGGGUGGGGAGUAUUGUGGUUGAUUUUUUCAAUUUCAGACGUUGUAUCAACAAUCCAAUGGGAAUUAGGUAUCUUUGGAAUUUUAGGGGCUAUUUUUUGGUUUAUUCUUACUAUGAUUUUUUGUGUUGCAUCGUGCAAUUUAAGAGAAGUUUAAUCGAGAAAUUUGUACAUAGAGAUAAUAACAUGA